GUAAUCUGUUUUUGGCCCAUUAGGUAAUUCAACGUCUUGUCCUCGAGUUCACUUUACCACUUCGUGGCUAACGCGUCGGUCGCGCAAUGAAACGUGCCGCUGAAAAACAACUCUCCAAGGAUGAUGUGGAAGAGGAUGUCGAGGAAACAGAAGGUCGACAAGGCUUCCAGAAAGCUGACGAGGAUACGCUGGCGACAAGAAAGAUACGCGCUCUUCCACGACGAAGUACAGUCCCUGCAAUCCCGGUGAUUGCAUCUCCAUCGACAGACAGCCCGUCUGCGCCGGUUCCUACAUCGAAGUUUGGGUCCUUUUCAGGAUUCGGAACACCGGGGAGCACACAUUCAUUCACCUUUACGCCACCAGAAUCCCCAGCGUCUGGGCUAGGUGUCUCUCCACCCCCAUCGCUUAAUCCCUCCCCGGCGCCAGCUUUUGGAAACAUGUCAUCGUUCAAGGCCCAACCAUUUGUACCUCCCGUUAUCCCCCCACCGCCAUCGAGUGCAGCGAAGACCAUCGGAUCCAUAAUUCAGAAUCCAACUUUCUCCAAACCUGCUGAGGGUUUAGGUGGCCCCAGCAGUGCCGCGCAGAAGUAUUACACAUCAUUGCGCGGCCUGAACAAGUCGUUCAUAGACGCAGUGACGAAGGCCUAUGCUGACGACCCACUCGCAGAUUGGUCGGAAACACACUUUGAAACAUACAAGAAGCAUUUACUUGUAUUAAAGACAGAAUUUGAUACUUCAGAAGCGGCGAAACAAAAAGCGAACCCCCCACCGAUAUUUUCCUCCACAUUUGGGAAACCCCAACCGGCAACGCCUGCUGGAGAACCUACGGCGAAACCCCCUUCAUCGACCCCUGCCACUACUCCCGUCGUUUUCGCUCCUCCCUCAUCUUCUGCCCCCAAAUCGAACGGUUUGACAUUCCCCUCAAGUUCGACAGCCUUCUCAGGCGCCUCAGGUUCGGACAACAAACUUCCUUUCUCAUUCUCCAAACCGGCGAAUACUGAUGCUGCAAAUGCAUCGGGGCCCUCUUUGGCCCCGUCCCCGUUCGGGAUCAAAGGCUCAUCUUCAUCACCUUUCACAUUUGGAGCCCCUUCCAAUUCCAAGGAUAACGGUGCGUCCAAGAGUGCAACACCAGGAAGCACUGCGCCUUCUAACUUCUUCGCAACGCCUCCUGCGUCAGCACCCUCAAAUUCUGGGGCGCUUAGUGCUUUCGGAGGUUUCGGAAAGCCGUCUUCUGGUAGUAUUGGUAACCCAGUCGGUUUCAACUUCGGUGCUACGCAAAAAGAUUCAGAUGACAAGUCUGGAGCUUCAGAGGACAAAACUGUAGACGACGCGGAGCAAGAAAGCUCAAAGCCUGAUGGAGAAGAAACUGUACCGCCUCCCAUGUUGUUAGCAAACAGCCCUCAUGACGAGGAAGGUGAAGGAGAAGAAGACGAAGAAACGACGUACUCCAUUAAAGCGAAGACUUAUUGGAUGAAUAAAGAAGCCGGGACGUGGCAAGACAUGGGUCAUGGUGUCAUCCGACUGAAGAAACACAAGGAAAAAGGGACGCGUCGCGUGCUUCAGCGGAACAGCAGCACCGGAAAAAUCAACCUGAAUUUCAAUAUUUACGCAGGAUUGAAACCGACAGUUGCGAACAAAGCUAUUAGAUUUGUUGGCCACGAUGAGAACGGCGUUGCUCAGAGUUACUCAGUUCGAACCAAGACCGAGGACCAGUUGCAUGCGUUAAGAGAUGCGCUAGAAAGAGAGAUUUCUUUCGUAAAGGCAAAAGAUGAAUAGACUGUAGUGUGUUCAUCUCGAUAGCACAUUUCUCUUGUACAGCGAGUUUUGCCUGCUUCCAAUCAUACACUACCUUUACACCGACAUCGCCAUAUCCUGC